GGUGCACCCAAGUUUUGUUCAUAUAAUUAAAGAGAUAGGGAAAUAAGCAUCUCCUCGUAAAACCUAACAUCGCCACUUCCUUUCGAAACCUAAAUCGACCAGAACAGCAUCGAUCAAUCAUGUCUUCUGGUAUUCCUGUUCAAGAUAGCCAGGAGUUCGUCCGUAGGCAGAUGAAUUACUGGGAGCAAGUGAGUGAAUCAGGGGGUUUUGAUAUCGAACAUAUCUCAGCACCGCCAAUGGGACUCUUGACUUACGAUUGUGAAGACAAGAGGAAUCUGUUUCCUAAUCGUCUGUUGGUCAAUCUCUACGCUAGACUCGGUAUCUAUCGUUACAACCUCUCUAAGGGAACAAAUUUAAAGUUCCACCACCUGACGAAGUUCAACAUGACUAAUAACUGUAUCUCCUCAUACCGCAUCACUUUGGUUGCUUAUGAUCCAGUGACCACUUCGCUGGUCACCUUCCUGGUUGGAAUCUCUGAGGAGGAAUAUGCUCGUUUGAAUUUGAUGCUCUUCAUUGCUAGACCUCAAGCUGAUAAGCCUCACUGCCAAGAACCAGUUAGGCCAAUUGGUUCCACCAUUUAUCCCUUGACACCGGAUGCAUGUGAUGACAAGGGAUUAUUACCUUUCUGGCCGACCAAUUUUGAGGAUACAUCACGUUUCCGCCUGAUGAAUGAAUCAGAGUUGCAAGGCAACGACUGGAUUCGUCUAUACUUGGAACUUGCUCUUUGUUCAAAUGAUAGGAACAUUCCCGAAAGCCAUCUCUCCCACCUACAGAUUGUGAGAGUUGCAAUGGAAAAACCUAUUGAGCAUGUGGAUGCCGCAAGUAUCAUUUUAUACAUAACGUUUAAAGGCUUGCCCGUGGCUCGGGUUGGUGAGGAUGGUGAGCAUGUUGAGCGCAGAGUCAUAAUUAGAACGUUUGAGGAUCCAUCUACCGGAUACUUCACUCUCAUGGGUGGGUUUGGGUUCUCGGUCGGCGAAGACACUAGUCAACGCCGCCCUAUGACUCGCCCUCAGAGCAUUGAAGAUAUUUGCGCUGAGCAGAGGAGGUUGCACUUUACGCCUCCCCCAUGCCCACCCACCUACAUGGCUGAUUGGUGGAAAUGCUAGAUCAUUGACCUCUAUCAGGUCUCUCUGCUAUCGAUGCUCGAUAAUAGUAAUAGACUUUGUGUUGUUGGUUUCUUUCCUCAUAGUUGUUUUUAAGAAUUAAAAUCCUUGUUGUAUCUAGUUUGACUUCAGCUGACAAUGAGUAUGGAACUCUCUCAUGUCUUUGUUUUCUCAUUCUGGUUAGCAACUGUCAUUCUUGAAUCAUUUGUCUUUGCCCACAAAACUCCAAAUAAAAGCUACAACGGCUGGAGUUUCGUAAAAGAAGCUGACGUUUAGUUAUUAUCAACACAUGUGUGUGCUGUGAGAUUUAUUGUAAGAAAGUAUACUAGGAAUACCAAUCAAAAACUGUGCGUCUUUCUGAGAUCCAUUUAUUUGCCUAAUCUUGAGUUUCUUGGUUCACAAGCAAGCAUAUUUUCUUAAGCAAUCUCCACACGCCACUUCACCAUCUUAAGCUACCCAUCAUCCUGAACAUUCAAUCUUCAGAUCCAUCGGUGCUCAUGUUGCGUUGGCUACAUCCCAGCCAAGUAGAUGUGGCAAAAGAGAGUAUAUUGGUCAACAACGUGUUCAAAAUUUGGAUCACAAUU